AUGUCUUCCAACAACCCCACCAAGACCAUGAAGCGCAAGGUCUCUUCUCAGGACAACAAUGUAGACAUCUCAGAGGUACCUCUUCCUCCUUGGAAGAAGAUCAGAGUGCCCGGCGAUGAUAUUACGCUCCCUAUCUAUCAAGACAGCAAGCCAUUUGCGCCUUUCCCCGAGGAAAUCGAGCUUCUAAUGAAGGAUAUCUUGGAGGAUCUAGAUCCUCAGAGUUCUCCGCCAGCUUCUCCGAUGCAUUCCGAAGACGAGACAGACGAAUCAGAGGAGGCUUCUCAUCAUGUUGCACGUGACAAGAAUCCUGUCGUCGCUGGUGAUUCUAAUGAGGCUACGAACCACUGCAAGGGCGAAGAGGAGGCUCAAAUAAACCCUACUGCUCUGUGUGAUGGUGGAAAGAAGGUGUAG